AUGUCUAUCAUCGCUGAAGAGGUUUCUGAUACAAAGCCGCCACCGGCAUUGUCGUCGUUUGCGUCAGUACAUCUUCCCGAGUCAAUGCAGUCAUCGAAGCCGUUGCAUUCUGACGUCCAAAGCGAUGCGCUGCAAAUAGACCCCAAGUCUGGCGUAAAGCGUGGUCUCAAAAACCGCCAUCUAAGCAUGAUGGCUUUGGCCGGUAUCAUUGGUCCUGGUCUUCUUGUCGGUGCAGGAGGUGCUUUAGCAAAAGGUGGGCCUGCAUCCAUUAUCAUCGGGUUCGGCGUCGUUGGGAUCAUCGCGUAUUCUGUCAUGCAAUCUCUGGGUGAACUCACGACUAUAUUUCCUGAUGGUGGUGCUUUUUUGCAGCUGGCCGAUCGCAUGGUUGACCGGGCAUUCGGCUUCGUUGUCGGCUGGAAUUACUUUAUUGUAUGGGCUGCUGUCCUUGCUAACGAGUACAACGUUAUCACCUCUGUGCUUGUUUUUUGGAGUGACAAAGUGCCUCAGUGGGGCUACUUUUUGAUUUUUUGGUUCGCAUUCUUGGCUUUCCAGAUGCUUGGUGUCGAGAGUUUUGGCGAGGCUGAAUUCUGGCUUGCCCUCGUCAAAAUUCUCGGCCUUGUCGCAUACUUUAUCUUUUCCAUCGUGUACGUGUCGGGUGGUGUCAAUGGCGAUGCAGUUGGCUUCAGAUACUGGAAUAACCCUGGAGCUUUCGGUGAACACGGAUUCCGUGGUGUCGCAUCCGUGUUCAUUUUCUGCGCUACAUUCUACGCAGGGAUUGAGUCUGUCUCUGUUGCUGCCACCGAGACCCGUAAUCCACAAAAGGCCGUUCCUUCUGCCAUUCGCCAGGUGGUCUGGCGAAUUCUCUUCGUCUACCUCGGAAGUGCAUUUUUUUUCGGCCUUACAUGCCCCGCCAACGCUCCGGGCCUUGUAGCGCAAGAUGGCGCACUCCAGAGCCCUAUGACCAUUGCUAUUCAACACGCUGGCUGGACCGGCGGCGUUCAUCUGAUCAAUUCAUUUAUCCUCGUGACAUGUUUGUCCGCUGUCAACAGCUCAAUUUAUAUUGGGUCUCGAACUGUCUUGUACAUGGCCCAGAAUAAGAAAGCGUUCAAAUUCCUCGGUUAUACGAAUUCUCGUGGCGUACCUGUGUUCGCCGUGAUUCUUAUUAAUGCUGUGGGCGCUAUUUCAAUGAUGAAUGUUAGCACAGGCGCGAGCAAAGCGUAUUCCUACAUCGUCAAUUUGUCCGGUGUAUCGACAUUUAUUGUAUGGGCGGCGAUUUCAUUUAUGCACUUACGAUUCCGCCGAGCUAUGCGCGUACAAAAUCGAAGCUUGGAUGAGCUCCCAUUCAAAUCCCUAUUGUUUCCAUGGAUCGCUAUAUUUGGCUUCGUACUCAGCGUUUUUCUGGCUCUUGUUCAAGGGUGGACGACAUUUUCUCCUUUUGAUACUGGCGACUUUGUGGACGCAUACAUCUUGAUCCCUGUGUCUCUGGUUGGUUAUAUUAUUUACAAAUUUGUGUACCGCACAAGAUUUUGGCGCGCGCGAGAAAUUGACCUUGACAUUGGUCGCCGGCAAGACUUGGACUCUUUUUCAAGUAUAAUUAGUUUCGAGACACAGGAUGAUUUAAACCAAGAGGUGGCGCAGGAAGAUGCGAAUUAUUCUGUUGAAAAGCAGCAACAAGCAUGA